AUGAUCGCGAAUGGAGCAAGUAUCGCAUCUACCAACAAUGCGAGUGUUGGGGUUGGGGCUACAGCGGGAGUGAGUGCUGGUGGAGGGGGUCAAAGUGGUAUUGGGAGUGGAGGAGGAAGAGGCCCUGGCAAAAGAACCAGGAAGGAACCAGUCGAUAAAUCAGAUGCAACAGCAUUUGCAGCUUCUGAGAUGAACAAGGUCAACAACACGCUUCAUGCAUUCGUCGGUGGCAAGCAAAGAUCGUGGAUGUGGAAUCACAAUGCUACUCCGACACCUGGCGGGGAACCCGUCCGAACUACAAUUCGAUCACAGAUAAACCCCAUCAGGAGAAGGACAACGCCACUGAACAGAAUGCCUUCACAAUCUACAACCGCAGGACGAAAUACUACUAAUAUCAUAACCAUUGACGACCGGAACCAAGGAAUACCACUACUCGCUACCGUCGGACCGGGAAAGUCGCCCCCGAGCUCCUUAUCCCCGGACUCGCGAGGCUUCGGUUUACCACCUACUCGGACACAGAGAUUACCUAGUGCAAAUAUGGAGGCAGUACUGCCCUCACCGGCGCCUAGUGAUAGUCCAUCAGCUAUAGAUAGGCGGGAUGAAGAAGGGGAGGAGGGGGUAACAUCGGCAGCGGCUCAAGACACACCAAUCGGCUCACCAACCGAUAGGGUGUAUGACAGUGAGCAAGAGCAGAGGCAUGGAAGAGCAGAGGAUGGACAACAUGUGAUAGCUGUUGGUACCCGAAAAGAAACACAAACAGAGCUUUCGUCCAGCAUCACUGGGGAGAAGGAUAUACAAACGAUGAGUGACCCAGAAAAUCGUAGAUUACCCCGGGGAUCCUCAAAAAGGGUAUUCGAAGCCACAGAAGAUCAUGCCGAAAAUGCCAAACGACGGAAGCAAACAUCAAUGUUACCAGUCUCCGAGGGAAAUGCAGUUUUACCACCAGCUCAAAUCCCUCGGUCAGGUGAGCAAGGUUCAGGGACUAGUUUGAAUAGUCGUGUACAGAGUCCUGUGGUAGAUAGUCAACAAAUUUCACCUGUUUUUAACCAGCGAAGUUCCCAGUCUCCGAUUAUACCACCCAAUAGGACUCCAGUAAUCCCUUCAAAUGCAUCCUCCAUAACAGCGCCAUCGUCGCAAUCCUUCUCAGCGCCUCUGCAUUAUUCGACAUCACUUCCACCGACAACCUCGUCGCCCUUGACUCAGCCUCCAAUGUUGGGUAUCCCUUUGCCGAAUGCUAUAUCAGAUCUCAAUUCGUGGAGUCCUUUGGCAUUAGCAUCGCAAUUUCGAGCACAGGGUCCAGCUUCCCCUCAGUUCCACCCACAACUCCUACAGCUACAGCAACUACAGCAGCAGCAGCAGCAUCAAAAGCAGCUACAACUACAGCUUCGGCAGGAGCAGCAGCAGCAACAAUUAAAACAACAGCAGCAGCAACAACUACAACAACAACAGCAACAAUUACAACAGCAACAAUUACAACAGCAACAAUUACAGCAGCAGCAACUACAACUACAGCAGCCCCAACAGCAACAGCAGGUUCAAAGACCUCAACAGGUACUACAACAGCAGCACCCAGCGCAGGCGUCUCAAACGGCCUUAAGAGCUUUUCUUCCUCAAAUCAAUCAUUUUAUUCAAACAGAGGGUGGGGUUGGCCUACGACUAUUCAACGCCGUGGAAUGUUUUAGAUUCAAGGUUCUCCGUGAAGCAAUAUCCAAAGAAGAUUGGUUUUUUGCUAUUAUGAGUCAGGUAUAUGCUCUGACAUCAAACGCCGAGGAUCAAAACACUUUAUUCAAAGAAACUGGGAUAUCUGCUUCGUUGCCCGGAUUCCAGGUGCUAAAUGAACUUCUUGAAGACAAUCAACGACUGUGCGGAAGAAAUCUAACAUACCUUGCGGCAUUUCCGGUGCCAAUUGCGGAUGCAAAACAACGGCUGACCUUCUUUCCGAGUUUCUUGGAGGAAGUCAGGAAUUUCCUGACAGAUGGAUAUAAGAUCGUAGGAAGAAUGAGGGAUUGUUACUUCAAGGCAGGAAGAGUUCCGACUGAUGAGGACCUUGCACGAGAUUGGAAUACCAGAGCUCCGGUAUUCCGUUAUACAGUUGUUCGUUACCUCCAGCACCAAGUGAAAAAACUACUGCUUCACGCCGCUCAGGUAAGCACAUUAGAGCACACAAAUGAGCAAGAGCACCGGCAAGCUUUGCAGGGCCAAAAUAUCCAGAUGCAACAAUUGCAACGGAACCAGCAACUGCAGGAUCAGCAGCUCCUGCAGCGGUUGCAGGUACAAACUGCGCAGCCACAGCAGCAGCAACAGCAACGGCAACAAAACCCUACACCAACGGAGGGUGUUCCAAUCCAAAAUCACAACUAUCAACCACAACUGGCCAAUUUCCAACAUCGGCAGAUGGCAAUCAACCAUCAAUCUCCACCGCAAAUCUCACCCGUUCCGAAUUACAGCACCCCUCAGAGUAAUCCGCAGAUAUCAGCGACCGGCGGAGCCAUUCAACCAGAACAGACUAACGUUACCAAUGCCGUAAGGGUUGAGAAUGGACAGCCGCAUGUUUCCGCGUUGCAGCGCAUCGCAACUCAAGGACAAAGACCAUCGAAUCCUAGCCAGCAAUACAAUCAAUCAGGAUUGCCAUCACCAGCGGAGACGCAGGCUCGUCGGAAUUCACGAGCUCAGCUACAGGGUCAGGGUCAGAGACGUGUAGCUUCAACACCAGCCCAGCAGGUCGCCACCACGCCUCAACAAACUAUAAACUCUCCAGCGCGCCGACAAAGCUACGUCCAGGGCCAUCCGCUGGAAUUCUCUGACAUGGCCGUGCUCAACUCUGCGCACAUGCGACAAGUUAACGAUACAAGUCUGACUACCCAGCCGAUACAACAAACAUUUCCCCCGCAGCGAUCCGAGUUCAUGGCCCCAACUACAAUGGUAAAUGCGCUACCUAGCCCGCGUGGUGUUAUCCCAUUACCAACACCGAUACGAGCCUACACGCAGCUUCCUCAGAACGCGCUCCAAUCCCAUCUCAUGAGUCCGAGAUUUGCUGAACCCCCUCGAGUGAACGGAAGCACACCACCACGCUCCAAGCUUUAUAUCAGCAUAAGCGAUUUUGCUUUUCCGGGGGUUGCGAUCAAUUUCAAAAAAUCAUGUCAGAAAAUCGCAUUCAAUAUUACUGAGGAUACUGAAAAAAGACUUUCGAAAACUAGGCCAGGGACCAAACCAGGGGAUGGACUGACUCGACCAAUGGUUUCUCCAGGUUCACUCAUAUAUCGACUACGAUCUAUCAAAUGGACAAAAAGCACUCAACCUCUGACUCCAGACCAGGAAUGGGUAUCACAAGAAACGGAUUGGCCAGUUAAUACCUUCAUUGAAGUGAAUGGUUAUCAUGUUGAAUUAAGGAGAAAACCGGCUUGGGGGAAGGAUUUACCGGCGGAUAUUACAAGCUUCAUCAAAACCGGCGAUAACGAGAUGAAGAUCGUAGUUUUGACACCCAGACGGACCGAUAAAAGUGUCAUGUAUGCCAUGGCAGUCGAGAUUCAUGAGUGUAAGCAUGAAGAUGAUAUUACCAGUUCUCUUCAUACCAUUUCUCCUACCGAUGCAAAGGCCCUUAUUACCAAACGUUUGAUCGGCCAAAGUGCAGACGGCGAUGAUCUUAUGGUUGUUGACAGCGACCACCUUUCCCUGGCUGUUACAUGUCCGUUGUCUUUCACGCUCAUGAACAGCCCGGUCCGGGGGCGGUCCUGUACACACCUUGAAUGUUUCGACUUCAAAAACUUCCUGGACAGUCGCCCGCGACGUAGAGAAUGGGAGCCACCGAAUUCUGAUGCUUGGAAAUGCCCUAUUUGCCGCGGGGAUGCACGGCCGGGAGAGUUGGUGAUUGACGGAUUUUUAGUCGAAGUUUUGAAUGCGAUCAAGGAGGGUGACAUGGGAGUCCAGGACCCAAGAAACAUAGUUGUGAAGAAGGAUGGGAGUUGGGAAAUCAAGCAUGAAAAGGAAAACGCCGUUAACGAAAAGAAUGAGGACUCCUCAAAUACCAAUAGGGCGACUAGCGGUAACAGUAAGAAGGAGGUCGAGGUGAUCUGCCUAGACGAUGACGAUGAAUAA